AUGCCAAGCAAAAGCCCACGCUAUCCCAAAAAGGGAACCCCUCGUCGCUCGCGAAAGAGCACUUCCUCACCACCAUUGUAUCCUAAACGCAAGCUCACCAACAUGCCACCUUUCAAGGAUGAGCAUGUGCUGUUGAUCGCGCCAGGUUCGCAAAUGACCCUGGCGCAGCUCGGCCUUCCCGAAACAUUCACCCCAGCUCGAUACCGUUUCCCCACGCGCAUGUUCCCCGGUGAGAACAAGGGUGAAUUCGAGCCGUACAAAGUUCGCGAGCACAAACGCGAAGCCAAGGUCACCACUACCGCCAAUGGACAUGCAGAGGCCCCGAAAGAGGAUGUGGAGAUGAAAGAUUCCGCGGAAGGAGCUCCUUCCCAGAAUGACACCGCGAAUGGAGGUUUAAGCGAGAAGGCUGAUAAGCCAGAAGGGGAGAAUGGAACUGAUAGCGCUCAAAAGGCUGUCGAAGAAGUUCUCUACGAGGAGGAUGUCACCUCCGAACAAGGAGCCGUUUACCCAAUUCAAAAUGGGCGCAUUGUUGACUGGCCUUGCUUCUUCGCCCUGUUGACGCAUAUCUACAAUUCUCUUAGUCCCCCAUUCCACACCCCCAUCCUGUUGGUAUCUCAACCGAUCUGGUCAGCACGCGACCGUGAAGCCAUCACUCAGUUCGUCUUCGAGAAAUUCAAGGUCCCGGGCUUCAGUAUGAUGGACGCAGCUCUCGCGGCGUGCUACGGAUUCGGUGUUCAGACCGCAACUGUUGUUGAUGUCGGCAAGGGCAAAGUGGAUGUCACUGCCGUCACGGACUUCGCGGUCAAUGAGCAUGGCAGAGGCAUUGCGCUGGAAGGCUGUGGUGGUGACGCGAUGACCGAUCGAUUGAUCGAAUUACUAGGUCCCAAGGGCUUCACUCGGGAGAUGUGCGAGCAGCUCAAGCGGAGUAAUAUUGCUGAGAUUCUACCUCCCGGUACUUCUCUUCCCGGUACUGCAGCCACCGCACGCCAAGGAGUUAACCCAGCUGCCGCGGCAUCAACUGGCGAGGCCAAUGGAGCCGAUGGUGCUUCUCGAGGCCUUGGUAACGGUGCUCAGACCGGCAACGAGACAAACGGAGAUGAUGAUGAAGGCGUCCUGGAUGUUGCCGCCAUUGUCAGCGGAGAUACGAAUGAAUAUCUCGCCAACAUGGAAAAGGAGAAAGCUACCAAUAAGAAAGGCGGCGUCGACCCUAAACAGCCUCGCCUCCCCAACUCAAAGAAGGAGAGGGCUUCUUUCCAGUAUGAGGAGUUUGUCCAAAUGGAUGGCGAUAAUAAUACCAGCGGCACCCAGCGCUACCUCCGACACUCUCGUGAAAUUGAGGUUGGAGUUGAGCGCUUCCUCCUGGCAACACCCCGUCAGAAGAUUGGAGAUCGCUUAACCAGCGGCAUCCUGGAGGACAUUGCAACCCAGAUUCACCACACUAUCCUGGCUGUCCCUGAUGCUACAAAGCGGAGUGAGUUAUGGGAUUCACUCAUCAUUGUUGGCUGUGGUAGUCGAGUUCGAGGCUUCACCCAGGCCCUACUUGGCGUCAUCACACAAAAGUUUAUUCUUUCUCCAUCUGCCACUAUCUUCACUUCCGAAAUUCCUUCUACUUUUACUACUCCUCACCAUACUGGCGGCACUAAUACCCCGGCACCCAUGGGCCAACAGCCCGGGCCUAUGUACCACCCUGCCGCACACGGGGUCAACCCUCUUCUAGUUGCCGCUACUCACAACAACCCUGGCAUGCCAAUUGCACCAGGCACCCCUGGCAUGGACCCUAAUAUCUCGACUCACCACCGUUCAAGCGGCCACUCUCAAACUCCAACCUCCGUCAAGACCUUGCGACUUCCGGAGUAUUUCCCCGACUUCAAAGACCAGGGUAACACCAAUGCCCCCGGCGUCAGUACUGGUCCCAGCGCUACUACAGGCGGUCACGGCAUGGAGGAAGGGUCAUUCCUUGGAGCCCAGAUGGGAGCCAAGGUUUUCUUCGUCCUGGAUCAGGGUCUGACCAAGGGCUACAUGAGCCGUGUUGAAUACAACGAGAGCGGACCUUCGGCCAUUCACGAGUACAUUGUGUAA